AUGUUCUCCUCGAUCGACUCUCUUCUGAAAUCGUCUUCUCCUUCGCCUCCUGCUCCACCUCUAGACGAACAAAAGUCAGCCUCAGAUCAUCAAUUUUUUAAUUAUUCAACCAGCUGUUCCGAAGAAUUGAUGAAAAUGGCAGCCAAAGCUGCUCAUAUUGCGUCUCAAACUUCCAGUUGCAUCGAAAACUCUUUUCCACUGCCCCAAUAUUCAGUGAAUGCGUGGCAAGCAUGGGGAAAAAUGAGAAGGCCUAGGACUGCAUUCAGUAGUGAACAAUUGGUUCAAUUGGAGAAGCAGUUUUCGGACAAUCGGUAUCUGAGCAGACCAAGACGAUACCAAUUGGCACAACAACUAUCCCUUUCGGAAACUCAGAUUAAAAUCUGGUUCCAAAACCGUCGAAUGAAGAACAAGCGAUGUCCAUCAUCCACCCCAACUCCAUCUUCUUCUUCUCAAACUUCCUCAUCCACCUCCUCCACCUCCUGUCAAUAA